UAUUCGUUGUCGUAAAUUUGCGUACCUCGUCCCGAGGCAAAUCCGGAAAUUGGUCGAAGUCCACGUCCGAAAAAUGAAGUUAAAAGCAUUUUAUGUAAAGUGCUUUGCCACAACUGCAGCCCUGUUGUUGACACUACAGCUGGUUGCCAGUCAUGUUGAUAUUGGUGAUGGCCCACUUAAGUUUGACAAAAUGGACACUCAUGAUAAGGCACACAUCAAAGAUCACUUAGAUGGUGAAGUCAAGGCCAAUACAGCAGACAUGACAGAUGAAGAGUUAGAGUUCCAUUAUUUCAAGUUACACGACUAUGACGGCAAUAACAAAUUAGAUGGUCUGGAAAUUGCAUUGGCUUUAAAACACCAUGAGAAUUCAGAUCCAAAUGAAGUUAAUGGUGGUCCACAGAAAGAUAAUCCACAAGGAAUGUCUGAAAAAGAAGUUAUAGAACUAGUUGAUUCUGUUUUACUAGAUGAAGAUUUAAACAACGAUGGCUAUGUCGAUUACCACGAGUUUGUAUCUGCUCAAAGACGAUCAGCGGAGAAUGAAGCGCCCCCAGCCCCUCCUGAAUCUCCAACCGCUGUCCCUCCUGCUCCUGCUACAUAGGACAUGAAUGGUUGAUAGUUAAAGACUCAAUAUAUGUACCAAUGCUGUUGACCAUGGUUGGUACUUAAAACCCUGAAUAUAAUACUAGACUUCUUUGUGAUAUGGAAUCUGUGUACUGCCAAUCGUGACCAUGUUCCAUUCAUAUAAAUGCAAUAACACUUGGAUGAAUAUUUUGCUCAAGUCAUCUGUGGAAAUGUGGGAUAAAUUGUGCACAGUGAUAUAGAACACUUAAAUGACAAAAUCGUUUUGUUUGCAUAAUCAUUGAUUCAUCUCAACUACAUUUGUAUUAUAGAACACUUUAUGAAUGAAAACAUGUUCUUGUUUGCAUAUAAGAAGUUCAUCCACUAUAUUCAGUGUGUUUCUAGUUCACUACUUACAUGUAUAUUAUAGGUUACAAUAUCACUCAAUUUAAACAACACCAAGAGCAGUUAUAUGAGAUGAUAUGUGACCGAGAAAUAUCACAUGUAGCUCACAACAUGUUCGAAUAUCGUGUCUGUUGCAAAUUUGUCAAGUCUUCCAUUUUUAUGGACUUGUGCACAAUAAAGCUUUUAAAUAUCUUGUAAUAUUAUUGUAUACAAUGUUUCAGUGGAUAAUUUACUUAAUAGGUAUUUACUUAACUUUACUGUAUUGAUACUUUACUUAAAGCUGUAAUUCAAUUGCAUUUUAAAGAAUAGCGAUAAGGCUGAGCCUCACAUGGACUUAGUACUGAAUAUUUUGAUCAAAUAGAAAAAACUUUUUCUGUGACCAAUAGGUCAAAGUGCAGUUGAAUUUACAGCUGUCUUUAGAUCUUUCUUUGUUUUCUACUCCUUCAUUCUUGCCUUUUGUGUACUGUACCUAUGAAACAUGUUGUCUAAAUCAAAAUAACCCCUUUUUAUCUUUUUGGACGUGGCUCACAUGUUGUAAAAGUUUGUAGUAUUGACAAUCGCAUGUACCAUUGGCCGACUACUUCAGAAGUCUACUUAAAUGUCGGAGCCAGGAUUAUGGUAAGAAUAUAUAUUCAGAAUACAGUUGGAAUCAAAUUGUAGUAUUGCUUGCAAUCAAAAACUGCAACCUGUUGAUUAAUUUCAUGUAAAGAUUUAAUCAGGUUGAUAUUUUUAAAAAUGCUUAUCUUUCAGCCAAAGUUCAACCGGUGAGCACAAUGGCCCCGUUUCAUUUCACCCCUACCUCAUAAAGAGGGAAGUAUAUUCAAUUCAAUACCAUUGGUAUACGAAGAUAAGCUGGUGUAGUUAUUGUUUCUUAUCAAAUAUCGUUGUGAAUUUAUUGAUUCAAAAUAAGGAUAAUUAUA